GGACCUCCUUUUCAAUACAUAAAGUGUGUGCGAGGCAUGUUUUCCAAAAUUGAGAAAGUUUCAGUUUCGGAGGGAAACAAACGGAAGGGGCACUGCCAGAAUGAAGAUUGGAGUGAUGCCGGCGUUAAAAAGACAUCUUAUAUUAUCGAUUCUUACGACAAUUUCAAUAUGGAAAUACAGCACAAGUUACAGAAUAACACGACCGUCAAGCAGCACCUCUCAAGGGGAUGAGUACGAUAAAGGGAUCUUUGUUUAUCAACAUCUAGAUCGGCUUGUUGAGAUAGAUUGUCCAGCCACUGCACCACCUUGUCAAUGCAAUAUAGGAGGAACGUUUAUCUUUAAUGUGUCGUCAUCUGGAAUAGUUAACAAAGAGAUUUGCAUUGGAGACUAUGGUUUACAAAAACUCGGGUGUGAAUUCAGAUUUGAUACUGGGGACAAUUAUGUCAAAGUUGCUUCAAGGAAGACAACUAUUGGGACUGUUAAACUAGGUUACAAUGAAGUCGUUGAAAUCUCCAUGCUGAAAGCAUAUUACUGGAAUAUGACUUGGAACCCAAUUGCUCCAAUCCCAUUUGAAGUGAAAUCAGAUGUGAUUAAGUGGAAUGGAGAUACAGCGCAACUUUUGCAAAAAUACACUGGCAUGCUGUUGAAGUUAGAAAUGGAGAAAACACAUGGAACAAGAAUAAAAAGUUGUCUGUUGCUUAAAAUCCCUGGUUCAAGAGACUAUCCACUGUCUCCCUAUAUCCCGAGAAAAACGAGUGACAUUGUAUUGCGGCCAACAUCACAGCUGAUGACAACAACAACGAUGGUUCAAAAACCAUCAACUGAAAUUGCAAUCAAAGUUGCGACAUCAUCAGCGUCAUUAGGAUUGACAACCGCGAUAAAGAGAAGUUUCAUCAGAGCUUCGCCAUCCUCAAUUUCCAGGGUCAGUCAAGGAGACAAACAAAUAUCCACACAUUGCUCCCUUGAUUCAUUAGGCCUCUCGUGUGGAAACUUUCGGGGGACAGUGUCGAAAUAUGCCAAGCUCACUCCCGUUGAUUCCGUGACUCUUUCAGCUUCAACAGGCUCUUUGCAUUUCGCUCCUUCGUCUGUCAUCAAGCCGACGCCACCAGGUGUUGAGACAAAAGAUGAGAGCAAGGCUAGCCUCGGUAUCAUCGUCGGUGCUUCCAUCGGUGGCAUUGCGCUCAUAAUUCUGAUCGUUGUUGCUGUCAUCUUCCUUCGCAAGCAGCAGUUUUUUGGAAAAAAGAAUACGCAAAACCAGGAUUCGCUUAAAGUGAGCCUUCAGAACAGGGAAGCCGACAAAGCAAAAAGCAAGGAAGGGGUGACCCAAGGGAGAUUUGAUCUUGCAGAAAACCCAGUUUAUGACAAGAAUCUGAGACUGGGUUCUGUCUCGGCAAACAAAGGACUGUCGCUAGAGCUGUAUGAUUAUGCGUAUGAAGGGACGGCAAAUGGAAAGGAGCUAGCGUCGAAAAACUGUAAGGGGAACGACACAGCCCGUUCAGCAGACCCUGUUUACAGUGAACUUGAUGGGGACGAAAGGCCAGUGUACCAUGAAGUGGGUGGCGUUUACCAAGCAAUUGAUGAAAAUACAGUGGACAAAGCAGACUGCUACCAAGGCCUUAACUUGUCCAAUAUAAAUAAGAGCAAUCUUGCAAGAGGCAAUCCGAAUGCUCCAUCGCCAGUUUACCAGGAGCUUGAGCAGCAAAAUGACAAUAGAACCGAACCGGUGUCUCCUGUGUACCAAACAGUCGAAUCUGAUUUAGGUGGCAAACUGAGUUCUCUUGAGAAGGGUGACGGGCGGACAAAUACUGAUCCAAUUUAUCGUGAACUAGAAGGAAAUCAAUAGCGACAUAAAUGGAAACAAAAUCAAGUGUUGCCGCUAUACAAGCAACCAUUUCAUGAAAUGUGUGUAUGUGGCAUCAUUUUAUUUCACUUUUUAUAGAGCCUUUUGAGGCCAGAGUAGAAUUUGCCCAACGAAUUUUCUAGAGUCAGACAGUGGCGUAACUAGAUGGUUUCUUAUCAAGCUCAUCAAAUUGAAUAACGAGAAUGAUUUUCUGAUAUCGAGAAACAGUGGAAGCACAUCUCUAAUGCCCUUCCUGGCUACGCCUCUGGUUAAUGAAACCUCGGGGGGGGGGGGGUAACUUAACAUGUUUGAAGGUACGGAGACGUGCCAUUAUUUAGGGGUACCCUCUUUCUGAGAAGUGCGGAAUUAUCGGUUUCAGUUUUUUGAAAUAUGUGCGUUACUAUGGGUACCAUUUGAAGAAACAUGCAGAAUUAUGGGUACCAUUUUGGGGAAAAUAUUGCAAAAUUAUUAGGAGAGAGAUUUAACAUUAACAAAAUGAAUUUCCAGUUAGAAAUAAAAGUAUGAAUAUGUGUAACAUUGAGAUUUUGGGGCACAGGACAUGCAAAGUUGGUUUGAUGAUUUUUUAUGUGCUUAAAACAAUUUUAUUUGCUUUUGCGGAAUUAUGGGUAUAGUUUUCAUCGCGUUCGCGGAAUUAUGAGUCACAUUUUUUCAGACAUUUGCGGAAUUGUGAGUCUAAAUUUUUAACCAAAAUUGCACUUUCCCGUCCAAAAUUAGGCUUACUUGACCCCCCCCCCUUCCGAGAAUGAAACCGGUUUCAGUUUUAAAAGUAUGAGGCGAUUUGUAGUCGAUUUAGUAAAGUGGACUCAAACCUGAGCUGUAAUUGAGUCCGUCUGUUCAUACUCGUUCCUUUCAAUCACAUUUGGACUAGUAGAUAUGUAUAUAUAAACUUUCGGUUUACAGCUUAUUAAAUUGCUUUGUAAGAUAGUUUAUGCAAGUAGAAUAAUGUUCUCCAGUCUUUGCAGCAUUGACUGAUUUACACCGUCAUAGUAAAAUCCAUCCGUAAAAUUUUGUAUCAGCGAUCUCUAGCGAUUCAAAGUAUGUAUUAGUACAAAAUAGAAUUAUCACGCAGCAUGCCAUUUAUGCGAUA